CGUCAAACCCACCUAGUGUCUUGCAAAGGUUUUGAAAUUUCUUCUUUGUCAGCCUGCAGUGCAUGCUGUCGCUCAUCUCAUAUCCACACGUUUCACCCUGGGUUGUGAUUCUCUGAUCGUGGUAAAAGUGUCCCACAUUGGUGUUUUUACAGAAAACUGUUUAGGUAUUCUGAGUGAGUGAAGGAGAGGUGUUGUCUUAUUGACAUUCUCCUGCGCACGUUUGCUGUGCUGAUUGGCUUUACUUCUCCUUAUCUGAGGGUCAUUUUUUCCAACACAGUGCCAGAUGUCUUUGUGACAUUUAAGGCACCUCCUCCCCCCACAUCAGCCAUCAAAAAAGGAAAAAAAGUCAGAGGCUGUGUCACGUAAAAGCAGUCAGUCUUAGGCAACGGUGGACUUUAGGACCUGCAGUGAGAGGGAGCUUAUGGGUGAAAAGAUGGAAAGGUCCAAACGUAAGGACCCCCAGCAGGAGAAUGGAGUCCACACGAACCAUUACAGCUCCAUCUCUCCUCCUUCCUCACCCGUGGUCCAAGAAGAACCUUUCUCCACGUACUUUGAGGAGAAGGUGCACAUUCCAGAAAGUCCCAACCAGGUAUUCAGUUUCCGUAAACUCUGGGCCUUCACUGGACCGGGGUUCUUGAUGAGUAUUGCUUAUUUGGAUCCAGGGAACAUUGAAUCAGAUCUGCAGUCUGGAGCUAAAGCUGGUUUUAAGCUGCUGUGGAUCCUUCUUGUGUCCACCAUCAUCGGGUUGUUGUUACAGAGGUUAGCUGCGCGCCUCGGAGUCGUCACUGGAAUGCACCUGGCUGAAGUCUGCAAUCGCCAGUAUCCCACUAUUCCUCGGAUCAUCCUGUGGUUGAUGGUCGAACUGGCGAUUAUUGGUUCGGACAUGCAGGAGGUCAUCGGCUGUGCCAUCGCUUUUAAUCUCCUCUCUGUGGGCAGGAUCCCGCUGUGGGCCGGAGUUCUCAUCACCAUCACAGACACAUUUGUGUUCCUCUUCUUAGACAAAUAUGGUCUGAGGAAACUUGAAGCUUUCUUUGGCUUUCUCAUCACUGUAAUGGCUGUUAGUUUUGGUUAUGAGUACGUGCUGGUGAAACCAGACCAAGGAGAGGUUCUGAAGGGGAUGUUUGUGCCGUACUGCGCCGGCUGUGGGCCAGUGCAGCUGGAACAGGCCGUGGGAAUCGUGGGCGCUGUCAUCAUGCCCCACAACAUCUACCUGCACUCGGCUCUGGUCAAGUCUCGUGAGGUGGAUCGCAAAGACAAGAAGGAAGUUAAGGAAGCCAAUAAAUAUUUCUUCAUCGAGUCAUCCAUCGCGCUCUUCGUCUCCUUCCUCAUCAACGUCUUCGUAGUGGCCGUGUUUGCUCAGGCCUUUUAUAAUAAAACCAACAUUGAUGUGAAUGCUAUGUGCAACGCUACUGGCAGCCCUCACACCGACCUCUUCCCUCUAAACAACGGCACCCUGGAGGUGGACAUCUACAAAGGGGGAGUGGUGUUGGGCUGCUUCUUUGGUCCUGCAGCUCUCUACAUCUGGGCCAUUGGGAUUCUGGCAGCGGGUCAGAGCUCCACCAUGACAGGAACCUACUCUGGACAGUUUGUGAUGGAGGGUUUCCUGAACCUGAAGUGGUCUCGUUUUGCUCGAGUGCUGCUGACCCGCUCCAUCGCCAUCACACCCACGCUGCUGGUCGCAAUUUUCCAGGAUGUUGAGCAUCUGACUGGGAUGAACGACUUCCUCAAUGUGCUCCAAAGCAUGCAGCUUCCAUUUGCUUUGAUCCCAAUUCUAACCUUCACCAGUCUGACGUCCAUAAUGGGCGACUUUUCUAACGGAAUGAUUUGGAAGAUCUCAGGAGGCAUCGUCAUCCUGGUGGUUUGUGCCAUCAACAUGUACUUUGUGGUAGUUUAUGUGACUGCUCUAAACAGCGUGCUGCUCUACGUUUUCGCUGCUCUCCUCUCUGUGGGAUACCUGUGCUUUGUGGCCUACCUGUCGUGGCACUGUCUGGUUGCCUUGGGGGUUUCCAGCCUGGACUGUGGCAGCAGGGUCCCCCUGAGUCUUCGACGCCACACAGACAUUUUCUUACUCAGCGAUAUGGACUUUGACACGCCGGUGGACAGAUGAGAGGACGCAUGGAGCUGCUGCUGCUGGUCUGUGGUGGCUGCAGUCAAACAACCCGUCUGAUACCGGGGACCAGGAAGUCUGGCCAGUGUGUUUUAGUCCAACAGGUUUUAAAGGUGCCCUUACAGCCCAUCCAACUAAAAACACUCCUGCAGAGUUCAGGGACAACAUCUUGAAUGGUUAAACAUCUGGACCUCUAAAGGAGACACAUCUAGACUUCUACAGAGAAAUAACAUCUGUAAUACGUACACUACAGUAUGAAGCCUUAAUAACACAUAAUAAAUGAAACAGUAAUUGAUCUAAUGUAGACGUUCUAAGCUGCAGCUGAACAAACAUGGGAAAGAAAAACCGUUUAGAGAAAAAAUCCUUUAAUGUCUCUGAUGUUGAUCACCUGCUGCUGGAUGUUUCUAACCUUUGUGUUGAAGAUGGAGACCAAACCAUUUCCCUUAAUUCCACAUUUUAAAGCACAGAUAAAAUAGUUAGAUAUUUGUUGGUGUCAUGCAAUCAUUUUUAAAAUUUAGGUUUAGUACAAGAAAAGUUUAUUUUAAUCAUAAAGUUAUAAAAAAAAAAACCCUGGCUCUGUUGGGUUUGUUUGGGUUUAAAAAAAACUGUGACGUGACGUUGUUCACCUGAGUCUCAAAGCCUGGUUUGUCCUGAAAGAUUAACUUCAGAAGGACCUACUAGAUAAAUGCUACUAUAUUAAAUAUGUACAUGGUGGUUUAUAUGAGAGUGAUUUUACUGUCAUCCUCUCUUUCCGUUACAUUUGGGUAAAAUAUUUAAAGAUCCUCUAAGGGUCGAUUGUUUAAAUAUUGGUUAGCAUGCUUGAAUGUGAAGAACAACCCAACCUGUCACCAAAACACUGUUAUGGUCCAACUUUAUUAUUAAUAUUAUUUAAUAACUCAACAGAUUUGUGCAGAGUAGAGCCGAAUCAGACGUACUGAUGGGAACGCAGCAUGUUUCAGCUCUAAUAUAAGUACUACUUCCUGCUGUAGUAAGAGCCUGCUGCUCGUUGUUUGUAAAGUGCCAAACUAACAUUCAGAGAUGUGUUACUCCAUCUGUGAUGUGGAGGAAAAAGUGGACAUCUGUGGAAGAAAAGAACUACUUGUAUAAUAAAUGUCCUGUUUUAACUAUACAAAAACAACUUUACUGUGUUUAACACUGAUGAGAAGAUAUAAAAUAUAAUUAAGCUUUAUUUCCAAAGGACAUGACCGCAAGCAAAAUCCCUCAUUUGAAUUAGUCACGUGUCGUAUAUAAAAUGGUAAAUUGCUGUUUGUCUGAGAUUGUAGAUUUAUUUAAGCUGUUUUUAAAUUGUAAAUGUUACUUUGUUGAAAAUAGUUUAUUAUCUCUGCUUUUUGAGUAGUUGGGCCGCAGUUUAGCUUGAGCUAAGUCAAAUGUGACGUGUGACAACUCUGUUACAGAAACAUGUAGCAGGUCUUUUGGAAAUGGAUUUGAAAGAUUUCCUAAUCUUUUGGUGAACGCUUCCCCCACCCUCAGCGAAACGCCACAGGAAUAAAUAUCUUUAUAACAGGAAUCCUGUAGGAUGAAUGAGGACAGUUUGGUCAUUUUUCCCCGUUGACACGUGUCUGUUUUUUGUUGUUCAUGAUCACCAGAAGUAAAAUAAAGACACCAAGUUACUUGAAAUCUAUGAAAUGUUUAAGGUUUGACUAUGCACUGCUGAUCUGAAUAGUUUUCUAUAUCAAAACUUCCCUUUUUGACCAAACUGAAGCUGUGCUGUGAAUCCUAACGCUCUUGCAGACUACUGCAGUGCCUCUCUUUGUUCACCAGGGUGCCUCAGCUUAAACGACAUUUAGCACGUUGGUGUUUCUAACACAUCUAGAGAAAACUAAACAUACGAGCACUUGAUGACUUGAGAAAAAAGCCAAAGUGAAUUUAACAGCCUAAACAUUGGCACUUGAUGCUUUAAACAUUUUGUCUGACCAAAAGAAAAAAAGUAAAAUUUGUUUCAGAAAAGUGAGGUUGGUCCUUUUGGCCACAUUCAUCUAACAAAGCAUUUAGUUAAAAAAAUGCGUUGUGCACACAGAAAGACUUCGUUUAAAAUGUGUUACACAGAUUAACUUAAUUUCAGCACACUUGUUCCUGCAGAUUUCUGUUCUGUUUAGAGAGAAAGCUGCUGUUGUGGUAGGGCUUUAAAUCAUGCAGAGUUCAGUACAUAAGGUUUAAAUGUUUUAAAUAUUUUGAGUUUGUUUUAUCAGAGAAAGUAGAAACUGGUUCUUUAAAUGUUCAUAUAAAACAUGUUUCUUCUAUAAAAAAAAACCUAGUAAAUAUCACUUUUGCAAAAGCGA